AUGAUCGCUUUACUCUACGGUAUUCUCAACACAAGCUGGACGUCCACAGUUCAAGCAGAGAUACGUGUAUUCACCGGUAACGUGCAUUAUAACCGCACGGGCUCACAUCAUCAGCAUCCUACAAAUUCAUCCAGCCAAGAUAAAGUCUGCAGAGGAAUGCCCCAAGACGUCCUUCUUGAUCAACAACCCAAGAGGAUCCUCCCAAUUACUCUCCACCGCCCGCCAAAGCUCAGAUUUUACGCAAUGUCUCCUCCCUCUCAAGUUCCGAGAGCAGAAGAACAUCGGAAAAAGCUGCGGUAUCUGCAACGUUUCCACAACGAACUCAUCGACCCGGAUUGUCCUCUCAAAUUCGGCAAGGGUUUGGAUCGUGAGCAUCUGACUGCAGUGAUCCUCCAGGAUCCCAAGGUACUGGAGACUGCCCAGCGAGUUGCCCCGUUGGUUGAUGCCGCCGGCGGCAAGCUAAAAGAUGAUGAAAAGUACCCGCCAGCUUGGAUAACCACAAAAGGUAGUUUUACCGCUACCUGGAGGUUUCUGAAGACAUGGGCCGCCGAAUUAGAUGGCAUCAAGAGCUCUCGCCAUCCAGCACUGGCGGUUCGAAAACAGCGCGCCGAAGACGGUCAAGUCAUUGAAGCAAGAGGAUAUCUUUUUGGACCGCCGCCAGAGCCCAAGCCACAGGCCACGCAGAGUGCAAUCACAAGGCCAACUCCCGAAAUUGCACCAUUUGGGGAACAAGGUGUCCUCUUUGGGGAACAAACUAGUGGUGGUUCAUCUUCUCUCGAGGACACAUUUCAGUUCCGAGGAGAACAACAUGAUACUACCACGGCACUACCGUCGACAAGGGGAGGUCUUGAGCAGCAAGAGGAGCCAGAGCCAACAGCUCAGACACUUGAAAAUGAACAGGAAGACUUUAACAAGAUUGAGGAUUGGUUCAAGUGGUGGGCCGAAAGGCACAACGAUAGGGUGCAGAAGGAGAGGGAGGACAAGGGUAUUCACGGGGAUUAG